AUGAGUGCAUUUCAAUCUUGGAAUGCUUUGGAUCAAAGUCCUUGCAAAUGGUUCGGGAUACACUGCAACACGAAUGGCCAAGUGGAGAAGAUAAUCUUGACGUCAGUAGACUUGCAAGGUUCAUUGCCUUCGAAUUUUCAACCACUUAAGUCGUUGAAUACGCUUGUUCUCUCAUCAACAAAUCUCACAGGGACAAUCCCAAAAGAGUUUGGAGACUAUCUUGAGCUGGUUAUGAUUGAUGUAAGUGAUAACACUAUCUCAGGUGAGAUACCGGUCGAAAUUUGCAGGCUAACCAAGCUUCAAAUGCUAUCUCUCGACACGAAUUUCCUCAAGGGUGAUAUACCUUUAGACAUUGGAAAUCUCUCCAAUCUCAAGCAUCUUACACUCAUUGACAAUCAACUUAGUGGCGAAAUCCCGAAGAGCAUAGGACAAUUGAGCAAUCUAGAGGUAUUCAGAGCUGGUGGAAAUCAAAAUCUGAAGGGUGAAUUGCCUUCAGAGAUUGGAAACUGUACAAACUUGUUAGUGCUAGGCCUAGCUGAAACCAGCAUCUCGGGGAGCCUGCCAUCGUCUAUUGGGAUGCUGAAAAAGCUUCAGAAGAUAGCGAUUUAUACAUCGUUGCUUUCAGGUCCAAUUCCAGAUGAGAUAUGCAAUUGCACUGAAUUGCAGAAUCUCUACUUGUACCAGAAUUUCAUUUCUGGUUCGAUUCCAAAACGAAUAGGCGAAUUGAAAAAGCUUCAGAGUCUGUAUUUGUGGCAGAACAGCAUAGUUGGUACUAUCCCGUACGAGGUUGGAAGCUGCAGUGAUCUAACAGUCAUAGAUUUAUCAGAAAAUCUAUUGACAGGCAGUAUACCAACAAGUUUGGGAGGCCUUUUCAAACUUCAGGAACUGCAGCUAAGUGUCAAUCACUUAUCAGGUACCAUACCUUCUGAAAUUUCUAAUUGCACUGCUCUGACUCAGUUGGAAGUUGACAACAAUAACAUUUCUGGUGAAAUUCCUGUUCUCAUAGGCAAACUAAAUAGUUUGAUACUGUUUUUUGCCUGGAAAAAUAAAUUAACUGGAAGUAUUCCAGAGUCUUUAUCUGAAUGUGAGAAUCUUCAGGCGCUUGACCUUUCUUACAAUGAUCUCUCCGGUUCAUUGCCACCGCAGAUUUUUACCUUAAAAAACUUGACGAAAUUUCUGCUAAUUUCUAAUGAAUUAUCUGGAUUUAUACCGCCUGAUAUUGGAGAUUGUACAAACUUGUAUAGAUUCCGGGUAAGUGACAAUAGGUUGGGGGGUACUAUUCCAUCAGAAAUUGGAAAGUUGAAGAAUUUGAAUUUCCUUGAUAUGAGCAACAACCACUUCGUGGGAGGCAUUCCUCCCUCAAUUUCUGGAUGCGGAAACCUCGAGUUUCUUGAUCUUCACUCAAAUGCACUCACAGGCACUGUGCCUGAUACUCUGCCCAAAAGCUUACAAUUAAUGGAUAUUUCGGAUAACAGGCUUACUGGUGAAUUGACACCGAGUAUUGGUUCACUAACUGAAUUAACCAAACUUAAUCUUGGGAAGAAUCAAUUUUCCGGCAGAAUUCCGGCAGAGAUCCUGUCCUGUAGUAAGCUACAAUUGCUAGAUCUCGGAGACAAUGGUUUCUCAGGUGAUAUACCUAAAGCAUUUGGGCAACUUCCAUCACUUGAAAUCUCUCUAAACCUCAGUUGUAAUCAGUUAACUGGUCCAAUCCCAACAGAGUUUUCACUUCUUCACAAACUAGGGACCCUAGACCUUUCCCACAACAAGCUUUCUGGGGAGCUAUACAUUCUCAAAAACCUUGAAAACCUCGUCUCACUAAACGUGUCAUUCAAUCAGUUCUCUGGUGAAUUGCCAAAUACCCCAUUCUUCCACAAAUUGCCUUUGAAUGACCUCGCUGGAAACCAAGGUCUACACAUCUCUGGUGGAGUCGUACCAGCUAACAGAAUGGACCCUCCUGGGCAUCAUGCCAAAUCCACCAUGAAGCUAGCCAUGUCAAUCCUAGUCAGUGCCAGUGUAGUCCUUGUGCUUCUUGCAAUUUAUGUGUUAGUUAGAACCCGCAUGGCAAGAGCUGGAUCCACAGCAGUUGACACUUGGGAAUUGACAUUUUAUCAGAAGACGGAGUUCUCCAUUGAUGACAUAGUUCACGAUCUCACAUCUUCUAAUGUCGUUGGCACUGGAAGCUCUGGAGUUGUGUAUAGGGUGACAGUUCCUCACGGGGAGACCCUAGCUGUCAAAAAGAUGUGGUCAUCACAAGAAUCAGGAGCAUUCAGUUCUGAAAUUCAGACUCUUGGUUCAAUUCGACACAAGAAUAUCGUCCGCCUGUUAGGUUGGGGUUCUAAUCAGACUCUGAAACUGUUGUUCUAUGACUAUCUACCUAAUGGGAGCUUGAGCUCACUUCUUCAUGGUGCUGGUAAGUGCAGAGCAGAAUGGGAGACGAGAUACGAUGUCAUCCUAGGCAUUGCACAUGCAUUAGCAUACUUGCACCACGAUUGCGUUCCCGCAAUUAUGCACGGGGACGUUAAAGCCAUGAACGUGUUAUUAGGCUCUCACAUGGAGCCUUAUCUUGCUGAUUUUGGCUUGGCAAGGUCCAUCAACAGUGCUGCUGAUAAUACUGAUGCUUCAAAACAGAGUCAAAGGCCUCACUUGGCUGGUUCUUUUGGAUACAUGGCUCCUGAACAUGCUUCGACGCAAAAGGUAACAGAGAAGAGUGAUGUAUACAGCUUUGGUGUGAUUAUCUUAGAGGUCCUGACAGGAAGACAUCCAUUAGACCCAACAUUGCCAGGGGGUGCACACUUGGUUCAAUGGGUUUCUGACCACUUACGCAGCAAGAACAAUCCAGUAGAUGUCCUAGAUCUAAGACUGCGGGGAAGGGCCGACUCUCAAAUACACGAAAUGCUCCAAACUUUAGCUGUUUCAUUUCUCUGUGUCAGCAAACGUGCCAAUGAUCGCCCUAUGAUGAAGGAUGUAGUAGCCAUGCUCAAAGAAAUUCGACAUUUGGAUCCUGUAAGGUCAGACACUGAUGACCUUUUGAAGGGAGGUUUAUCAGGCCAUCAAAAAUCGCCCUCUAAUAACAAUGUGGUAAAUCAAGGAUGUUCUAGCUGCUCUUUCGCAUUCUCUGAUGAUUCAGUUUAA